AUGCGCAGGGCCGCGGAGCCGCCGUCCCCGGGCGGGGAGAGCGCAUCUGCCGGGCCGGCAGCGGGAGUGGGAGCGGGCACGGCAGCCCCACGGGUCCCCGCCGCCGCCGACACCCCCAUGGGAUCGGAGCGGACGGAGAUGCGCAAGCGGCAGAUGGCAGCAACCCAGGAGACCCCAGGCACGGUGCAGACUCAGCACAGCGUAGGGAACCGCGGGCCCAACGCCUGCUGCUUCUGCUGGUGCUGCUGCUGCAGCUGCUCCUGUCUUACUGUUAGAAACCAGGAAGAAGAGAGAGCAAGGAGAACGUCCCAUGAACUCCAACCAGAGGGAAUUCCGAACUGUGAGGAAAGCCCCGCUCCUACUCUUGAAGAAGUGAAUGCUUGGGCUCAGUCAUUUGACAAGUUGAUGCUUACGCCAGCUGGUCGAAAUGCUUUUCGUGAAUUUCUACGAACAGAAUUCAGUGAAGAAAACAUGCUUUUCUGGAUGGCCUGUGAGGAACUGAAACAGGAAUCCAACAAAAGCGUCAUCGAAGAAAAAGCAAGACUGAUUUAUGAAGAUUAUAUUUCUAUCCUUUCUCCAAAGGAGGUCAGCUUGGACUCCAGAGUAAGGGAAGUGAUUAACCGAAAUAUGCUGGAACCCUCACAACACACCUUUGAUGACGCACAGCUUCAAAUCUAUACCUUAAUGCACAGAGACUCCUACCCACGGUUCAUGAACUCUGCUAUUUAUAAGGACUUGCUUCGGUCCUUAUCUGAAAAAUCCAUUGAAGCAUAGGAUUCCUUUUUUCUUAUGUGUAUUUAUUUUA